CUUAAAACACAGAGAAAGGAACACAGAAAUGCUGACCUAACUACAUACCUCCAAAAGCAUCACUUGUUUAUAGACCAUCCGAACAUCUAAGGGAGAAAUGUCCCAAAUCCUGAGUCUGUUUACACCACCGCUGCUGUUUGGUGUUUUUUGGCCAAGUAUCCUUCAGAUCACUUCAGCUGAUCACGUAUCUGUCCAUCCUGGAGAGAACAUCACCCUGCACUGUAACAUAUCUAUUACAACUAACUAUACUCAGAUACUGUGGUAUCAACUGGGAUCUGAGGAGGUGAAGCUGCUGAUAUCUGCUGAACAGGGGAGGCUGAAUAAAAAGUUUCUUCCUACUUAUAAUGUGAACGAGAGUCAAUUUGAUAUAACAGAAAGAUGCAGUUUAGUGAUUAUUGACGUUAGACAGACAAACCUGGGAUUUUAUUACUGUGAAGGUCGAAAGGAUAAGACACACAUUCAGUUUGAGAAACCCAUCAGACUGAGUUUUACAGAAGACCAUGACACCUCGUCUAAGCAUCCAGAUACUGAGCUGUGUACAGGAUCAGAGAUGUGGAUUACACGGAUUGUGUGUCUGAUCUCUGUCCUAAUAAACCUCAUCUGUAUGUGUGUGAUCUGCUACAGGUUCAAAGGAAGGUCAUCAUCAUCAUCAUCAUCAUCAUCAUCAUCAUACUGUUGCAGUAACAUAAAAGGUUCCACUGAAAAGAUGGAUAAGCAGGAAGAAAAUGUUCAUUAUGCCAGCAUCCAACACAAAAGAAAGCACAGAGCAGCUUCUAAGAAAAAGACAUCAUCAGAUUUGGACUGUGUGACGUACGCAACAGUUAACUUACAGGCUAGGAGACACUGACCAGCA